AUUUUUUGCAGUUGAGAAUUUUCAGUCGUGCGGUAAAGUCGAAACUUUUUUUUGUGUGGAAGGAACGACAUUAUCAUUUUGUUGUGUCAAGAUGUCGUCAUAAAAGUGGAAAAAAUUUGAAUAAACAUAUCACACAGUAGCUAUAAAAAGAGACACAAAUAAGUGGCAAAUUGAGAAUAAUUGAGUGUUUCAUAAACAAACUCAUGAUAGAUUGCAGUGCAGUAGUGAAAGUAACAAAUAAAUUAGCAAUCAUCAUAGGUCAAAUGUGCAUGUUUGUACAGUUGAUGUCAAUCUUAAUCAAAUUGCAGAAAUAAAAAGAGGAAAGUUUAGCUUAAUUGAAUUUUACAUUCAUCAAUUCCUGCACACUUGCGGAAGAAUAUAAUGAAUAAAUUAAAGGCAAUUACACGCUCGGUGAGCUUCAACCAACGAUCGGAUGGUAUGCAUUCCAUUAAACAUAACCGACAUGAGAAAGAUAAAGUUGAGCCAGUUGUUGGAUUUAAAGUUACGCUUCAUGAGUCGGCAAGCGACAAUACAUGUGUUCCCGAAUUGGAGGUGAAUCUAAUUGGUGCACGACAUUUACCUUCAAAUUUUGGAUUAAAAACAGUUGAAGGCUACAUGAUUAAAGUAAAACUCUUCCCCGGUACUUCAAAGUUUGAUUCAUCAAUUCAGACAUCAUCAUGGCCAAAGUUUAAUGAAAGUUUUCGAUUUCCAAUGGCAUCGUCCUUGAAAUCAUCAAUGAAGAAUAAGUACCGGGACUUCCAAGAUAUAAAUGGAAAUGAGACACUGCCGCAGAAACUAUUCAAGGGAACUUUUGUAGUUUUUACUGUAAUUGCACUUUUGGAACUUCCCGAUGGAACUUAUACAGGUAUCAAAGGAACCUACAAGUCACUGAAACGACAAGGAAGUAUAAUGUUGCGUGACCGCGUAAACAUCCUCAACACAUCACUUAAUCUCACAUCGGCGAAAAAUUCAUCAGAAACUAAGAACGCUUCAAAAUUAACUACGAGCGAAACUCAAAGAAAUAUUGGAUCUGUGACUUUCUUUUUGGAUCCAAAAGUAUUCGAGGAGAAUGCAAAAAGUCGGUCGUUCUUUACAAAUGAGAUGUGGCUGCCCAUAAAAGACAUAACUGUCCCAUCGAAUGCUAAAUUAUCGGUCUCAUCAAGUCCAAAAGGACAGGUGGAAAUAAUUCUUGAACUAUGUGAUAGCACUAUUGAUGUCGGAAGUAAGGCUGAUGUUAAUGAAGUGUCAAAAUAUGAUAAAAAUCUAAACCCAUUCGAAUGCGGUGACAACACGUCAUCCACCACAAAACACAGAUUCAGUCUUAGUGAUGUAAAGAAAUUCCCAAAUGUCAAGAAGCUUAUGAAGCCAAAGCGUGAAAAGAGCAACAAUAGUCUUUGCCUUAAAAUAACAACAUCAAAAAUGCGAUGUUCCAUAAAAGUUAAGGAAGAAUUUGAGAAUGACGCAGCACAAAUUUAUCUCAAGACGACAGUAUUCGAGCAUGAAAUUCUUUCUGAGACGUGGAAAAGUGAAUUAUUCUUACCAACAUUGUCUGCACGAUGGAACCAAGUUGAGUCUACAAUUAUCAUUCCAUUGAAUAAUGAAGACAGUUUGGAGCAUGUCUCAAUAAAGACGACAGUAGCAACAAAGACAAAACUAGGAAAGAAGAUAGUUCUCGGAACUGUAUACAUACGACCUGAUCUAGCUGAUCUCGAGCAAUGGGCAACAAUGUUGUCGUCGCGAAACACUCCAAUUCCUAUGUGGUAUAGCUUUGAAUAAAUGAAAUUUAAAUUUUUAAAAAAUAAAAGAAGAGAAAAUGUGCAUAAAAAGAAUGUCAUCGAUGUCUCGCUAAUUUUAGCAUGUAAAUG